AUGCAAUACAAAAUUAAGACAUUUCGUAAAUAUAAUAUUGACAGAUCAGGUACACUGUAAAUUACAAUCAUUUUAGAUCUUUUUAAGAUCGCAUAUCUAACCCCUUAAGAGUUGAAACCAUCAACUUCAUGCGAAGUUAGACGCUAAUAAAAUAAUAAAAAAUUCACUACCGAAAUUGAAAAUGAGGAUAAUCCGCCAACUUAAAUCAUUGAUAUAUCCAAAUUACCAAAUGGAUAAUUCAAGGAUAGAAGAUACAUGCACACAGAUGAAACAUUCUUUGUUAAAAUGGGAGGUAAAAAUAGGGAUCUAAUUGCAGAAAGACUAAGAUCAAAAUAAUCAGAUAGAUAGAGUCCGUUCAAAUUUAAAGAAAAUCCAUUUUUCAAUCAAAAUUUCAUCAAACAAACCCUUAGAUUAUAAAAAAAUUGUUCUCCUAUUUCAUCUAAAACUAUUCGAACAUCACAAAAAAAACUCUCGUUUCUCUAAGUUAUUGAUAUAAAGCCUGUUACUAUUAAAGAAUAAUAAUUAAGAAGAGCAUCUUCAUUUACAUCUGCAAAAUAAAAGCUAUUUAAGAUUCUAACUGAAAAAUCAUGA